UUGUUAAACUCAAAGAAACUCGGACAAGAGUCAUCCAUUUGGAUAUUGCGGUUUAUAAACAUCUGAAUCAUCUUCUUCCUGUAACCCCUUUCUCGCUUCAAUCAAUUGAUAAACCCUAAUUGUAUUCCGAUUACAAAGGAAAUGCGAUUUCGCAAAAACCGCCUCCAUCUUCAAUCUUUAACUACGAAAUGAAUCGACACUCUUAUCUUCAUCAUCAUCGUCAUCACUUUGUUCAGACCCAGGUAGCAUCUGUAAAAUCAAAAUCGUAAUCGUUAUGUCGGAUUUGGACGACAUUGACCUCGGCCCAGAAGACUUUUUGGCAUCAGUCCCACUGAAAAAAGUUCCUUACGGCGAUGUUUUCGAAGCCUCACGCGCCGGCGACGUCAACCGGUUGAAAUACCUAUUGGAGUCCGGUGUUAACGUAAACGCGCGCGACCAGUGGGACUCAGUGGCUCUGUAUUACGCUUGUUUAGCAGGGCAUCUUGACGCCGCCAGGAUGUUGCUGGAAAACGGCGCAAUUUGCUCCGAACACACCUUUGAUGGUGAUAGAUGUCAUUACGCGUCGUUGAAUUUGAAGGUCAGGAAGCUUUUGAAGGCGUUUGAAGCUCGGCCGCCGCCGUUGGGUCCGUUGCAGGGAGCUUUGAGAGAAACAUUUCUUGGGUGUCUCGCUAAUAGAGGUAAUCUAGAGCAAUUGGAUGGUCAAUCUCAGCUUACAGGUGAUUUGUCUAAUGGAGGAUCCAGCCCGAGCUAUUUUCCUCCAGAUGUUGUGUUCUAUCUCCAUGGAAGACCUAUCGAAGCUCAUAGAGUCAUCUUGAGCGCUCGAUCUCCCUACCUCAAGAACAAAUUCCAGAACGAUUGGAGGUGUCGCAAGGAAAUAAGAUUCUCUCGAGAAAAACUGUCAUAUCCUGCAUUCUACAGCCUGAUUCACUUCUUUUACUCUGAUAGACUCGAGAUUGCAGUGGACGACAUGGAAGAUCUUGUGAGAAUAUGCAAAGUUUUGAAGUGUGAAUCAUUACAAAAAGUGAUAGAAAAGGAAGUGAGACAUCAAAAAUACGCAGAUUAUAAAGCCCUACAAGAUAUCGACAAUUCACAAAGACGAUAUAUCUUACAGGGCACUUCUCUUCCUGAAGAUGAUCGUCUCCCUGCUGCUUUAUCCCGUCUUCUUCAAAUAUCUCUUGCUAAUUCAACCAAAGAGCAUGAUGAUCUUGUUUCACGAAUGAAAUUAACUUCAUUGGAAGAUGAUCUUGCAGAUGUUUGUAUAAAAGUUGAUGACAAGAUCUUUCGUUGCCACCAGAUAAUCUUAGCUUCAAGAUCCGAAUACUUCAAAACAAGACUUUCCCGCAUGGAUGAUUUCCUUGAAGGAAAAGAAGGUUUACCAAAUUACCCUCUUCCACUUCUUGAAGAACGUGAUCUUUCCAUGGAAGCUUUCGAGAAAAUGAUCGAGUACAUGUACACAGAUGGUUUGAAGGAUGUAGAUCCUGAUCAGGCUGAAGAAAUGUUUGAUGCUGCUUCAAGAUAUUUGUUAUUUCCACUUAAACGAGCUGUAGCUGAUGCUGUUCUACCUCAUCUAGAAAUGAUUCCUCCUGCAGAAUUGUGUCAGUGGUUGAUAUUAUCAGACAUGUAUGGUGUUUUGAAGAUCAGGGAAUAUUGUCUGGAUGUAAUGGCAUGCAAUUUUGAGACAUUUGCAGAUACACGAGAGUUUAGAGCAAUGGUUUUGAGUCUGCCACCUCCAUCAGGAGAUUCAUCACUUCGGACCACUGUUCCAAAUGCUCCUGGAGCUGAAAUGAAGAUGACAGAAGGGAAUGUUCUUGAUGAUUUGCGUGAAAAGUGGCUGGAAAUUGAAGCAGGAGAGCUUGAUGAAAGAGAUGAAAGUGCAUUGCUGUUUGAUAAGCGCCUUGAGAUGCUUAUGAUGGUGGCAGAAAGGGAGCAAGCUCAAGCUCAAGCUCAACCUCACUCAUCAUCUUCUUCCUUCUGAUAAUCUAUUUUGCAGGGAGUUAAGUGAGAGAGAUUAGUGUUAUAGACUUAUAGUGUAUAUGUCACUUUCUAUUCUUUCCUCUUUUUUGUGGGUUUGGAAUAGUUAAUGCUUCAGAAUAUGUGGAAAGAUGUUAAAUUUUAUAUUGAUUCAAAUUCCUACUUUUUACUAAA